ACACUCUGAUGAAAACACUUGCCUUUACCACACGUAUUUAAGUUUUCAAACAUGAUAAGAGUACGAACGAUUAUUCCCGUUUCGCCAAUUUACUUCAAUGUGGCCGAAUAUUGCUUGUUCGGGAUCAUAUUAGGUGUGAUCAUAGGAAUUAUUGUGUAUUACAAUGUGAUUAAUAGGAAGUAUAACACGGUGGCUGGCUUUCUGUUUGGUGGGAAGAAUAUGUCGGUUAUAUCGAUCACAUUGGCCCUUAUUUCGAGUCACCUAACCAGCAUUACUCUACUUGGCGUUCCUGUGGAAAUAUACCUCAGAGGCACACAAUACUGGGCUUCAGCUCUCUCGCUCAUCAUCGUUACUUUCCUUACUGCUGUCAUUUAUUUACCUGUGUUCCACAAGCUGCAACUGUCAUCAAGUUUUGAAUAUCUGGAGAUAAGGUUCUCAACACACACUAGAACGAUAGCUGCAGUAUUAUUCGUGGUUAGCAAACUGAUGUUAUUACCUAUCGUGCCCUAUGUGCCACUGUUGGCGUUCAGAUUAGUGACAAAUCCUCUAACGGGGCGAAUAACAGCCGUAUUAUGCGUAGCCUGUGCUACUUUCAGUGCAGUUGGUGGAUUACGAGCAAUAGUUGCUAUUGGUAUCAUGACGACUUUCCUGGCUUUGGCUGGUACAGCCUUGCCAAGUGGGUUAGCUCUCAUACCAAUGGGAUUCAAGAAAAUGUGGGAAAUCGCCAGUCACGGAGGAAGAUUAGUUCUUUAUGAUCCAGAUCCCGAAUUGGCUCACCACACGUCAUUUUUCGCAGUAACCCUAGCUCUAUCAACAAAUUGGCUAUGGAAGAUAGCUCUAAGCCAGUCUACUCUGCAGAAACUCUUAGCUGUGCCAACAAUCAGUCAGGCUAGAAUAUGUUUAAGCAUUUCUUGUGUUGGCGUAAUACUGAUGAAGCUUCUGUCCUGUGUCCUUGGACUGGCAUUGUAUGCGUGGUAUGCUGGUUGUGAUCCUUUGCUGACUGGGCAGAUAAAGAAACAUGAACAGCUUGUCCCUCAUUUUCUCAACAAUUUAUCUUUGAUGUUUCCUGGAAUAUGCGGAAUUUUCAUUAUUUCAAUAUUCAGCGCCACGACUGGAUGCAUAGCGUCUCUAAUAAAUUCAAUAUCGGGGGUGCUGUUUGAAGAAUUUAUACGGCCAUGGAUGCCUCAAAGUACUAAUGAGAUUGCUUGUUGCAAGAUUAUGAAAUGUCUCUGCGUGCUAGUGGGCAUAUACUGUGGGUCAGUGGUCUGGUUUGCGAAGGAACUGGAUCGACUGCAGCAUGUCGCUUCAGGGGUCACUGGAGUCACAGCUGGAACCUUACUGGGACUGUUUACUCUAGGCAUUGUCUUCUCUAGAGCUAAUUGUUCUGGUGCAUUAAGUGGCUGUUUAUUAAGCCUGAUACUCUGCGGUUGGCUGCUCAUCGGGGCAGAAAAUGCACUCGCCACUGGUGCGUUGACCUUCCAGGGCAAACCACUAGCCACUUCUGGUUGCGGGAAAGCUAAUUACACGCACGUACUGGCAAAUAUAACCACCGUAGUGCCUAAUCCUGCAAACCAGUUCCCAAAGAAGCCACUGCAAUCUCUCUUCCGAAUUUCGUUCACCUACUGUCCGUUUGCGGGCGCCGUCUCCGUAAUCCUGAUUGGAGUACUAAUGAGUUAUCUCACGGGGAAAUCCAAGUCUGAUUCAAUGAAUCCCGAUGUGUUCUGUCCGUUAACACAGAGCAUUCUUCACAAGUCCAUGAUUAGAAGUCCGACGGCCUCGCUGGAGGCACGGCCGAAUACGCAAGAAGUUUACGUAGCUUUGGACGAGGCCCUGAAACAUUUGAAGGAGGUUAUUGAUCGAUGAAUAAAAUGUUUGAACUUUUUGUA